AUGAUGGAUGAAGUUAUUCGAAAGCCAGCUAAUUACAGUAGAAUAUCAAAGGAAAGUACAGCGGCAUUCUCACCAAAGAAACUAACUCUAACAGGAAAUUUUACACAUAAAUACAAAAGUUUUAAUAUAUCGGCACCGUUGCGAAGAGCAAGCAUGCGUCAGGAUAUACUGGAUAUGGUUGAACGGAGGACCGAGUCUCGGAUGGGGGAGCAAAAGGUUUUUAUUGAUGAAAAUCCUAUGUAUGAGGAUCCGAGAGAUGUUAUUGGUGAGAGGGAGAAACCAGCGAAACCUCCAAGAAAAAGGGUCAUCCAAGGUAUAGCAGUCUCUUCUCCAAGAUCUUCAAAAGAAGGCAAGUCACUUCUGAAAGAGCAGAAGAGAAAAUUAACGAAGAAAUAUGAACAACUCGUCACUUCUUUGAUGGAACGGUGUGAAGAAAAUGUUGUUCAGCUUUCUGAAAAGGACUCCCAAAUAGCCAAAUUGAAGGAGAAAUUAAAAUCCGUCUUAGAAUAUAACAAGUUGUUCGCAGAAGAAAACGAUCAAUUGCGCAGUCAGUAUGAGACUGUAGUGAAAUAUGCAGAAGAAUGCAAGAAGGUUAUCAAAGAAGAGAGGGAGAGGAAUAGAGUAUUAGAUGGGAGAGUAAAGGAGUUGCAGGAGAAAGUUAAGCAGUAUGAGUUGCCUGAUAGAGACCACGGAUCCUCAACAGCUAUUCCUCUAGUAGAAGUAUGCAUGAGCUGCAGCAGUCGGCAGAUAAUAGUGAACCAGGCGCGGGAACAUAACACGCGCCUGCAGAAAGAUAUGCAGGCUCUCAAAGAUGUCCUAUACAGGUUAAACGUCCAAUUGUCUCGUUACCAAGAGCGUCUCCGCUCCAACAUACAGUCUGUGGCCGGAGACAAGCCCGACGUGUUCAAGCCGGGAGAAAAGUAUGAUGCACUGGACUCGCUGCUCACUGCCAGUCUGGGAUAUAAAGAAACAUUGAACACGGAAGACGGGCAGGCUAAGACAGGGCCUGAGGAAACUCCUUACACCGGCCGCACUGUGGACCUCACGGGUCUACUUAGUGCACAAGCAUUAGCCCCCCUCUUCGAUGCCUACCAGGAAAACCUUCAAGAAAAAGACACUCUAAUACUAGAUUAUGAAAAACAAUUCGAAACUAUGAACAAAAAGUCCAAAUUAAUUGUCACUGAAAACAAAAGUCUCACAGAUAAAGUUAAGAGUUUAGAAGAAGAGGUGGUGGGAGUGAGACAGAGCUAUAAGAAGUUGGUAGUAGAGAAAGAGACGGGUGAUAUUGAGAAAGCUACGCUUGUUGAAAGAGCUGAGAGGGCGGAGUCUAAACUGAAGGAGGUUUAUGAAUUGUAUGAGGAUAAAAUGUCAGCAAUGAUGAGAGACUACGAGACAGUACAUAGAGAAUACUUCGUAGUGAAGAACAAUCUAGAGAUGGCGGAGAACAAACUGGCGCAACUAGAUGUACUGCGCACGCGCACUGUACCCGCUGAUAUGCAUGAACGGAGGCUGGAUCAUUGUAAGAGGUUACUAGAAGAGCUAAAACACCAGUACGGCAUGGAGACGGACCGCAAAGGAGAACAGCUCACGAAGACACAGGAACAACUCAAACUGGUUGAAGACAAGUCUGCCAAGCUGGUGCACGAGAACCAGAACUUGAAGGAGGAACUGGAGAAGGCAUUGAAGAAUGUUAGGUUGUACCGCAAGGCUGCAGUGAUAUUCCGGCAGCGGCUGAAGUCUGCCGCGGCGCGCGUCAACCGCGUGCGUAGUAGUGCGCGCCGGAACAAGAACAAUAAUAGCGAACCUCUGAGGCAGGCCAUGGCGGCCCUAGACAAGAUUAAACAGGAGAUUAAGACAGUAAAAUCCCGCGCCUACACGUCACUGGAAGAGUUAGAACGUCGCAUAGUAGAGCAGGAGCGGCGAGCUGCGCUAGCGCACGCAGAGUACCGGAGGGAACUGGAGAGGGCCGCACUCGCACUCGAACAUAAGGAGGGUAUUAUCAGGAGUUUAAUCGAUAAAGUGGCUGAUGUUGAAGAAGUCAGACUCAGUCAAACCAACACCCAUCGUCUCCAAGGUAUAAUAACAGACUCCUCGCCAGAGGGAUCUCCUUCCCCUCACCCUGAGCAGAGGAAGGAAGCUAAACCAUCAGUGAAGUUGGUACCAGGACCUGGAGGAUAUUUUCAAGAGAAGGAGGGCAAGAGGAAAGGGAAGUGA